UUUUCUUCCUUUCCUGGUGAAGGAAACUACUUUGAGCCAAAAGUACUUAGCAAGGCCCAGCCUGUUCCUUCCCUUAGGUUUCCCUUAUGCGGCUAUAUAAACCUCAGUUCUCUCAGUGACUGAUCUAGCACAAACUAGACAGCAUUUUACAGGCUGAUGUCUUGUGCAUCCCAAGAAAUAAUGCACCAGCAGUUUGGGAGAUGGGCAUCUCCUAAGAGUUUGGCUUUGGGAAGUCUUGCAUUUUGACAGGAGGGCUGAAACAGGGAAGUAUUUAAAAUGGGGUGGAAAAGAGGAAAGGAAAUUUCACAGAAGCCAACAUCCACUCUGUAGCAUUUCUAAGGUCUGCUAAAUGAAAGAACUCUACAAAAAUGUAUAUAUCCAGAUACAAAGCAUCUUUGAUGUACAGGAACUUUUGAUGUGAAUCCCAGAAAGAAUAUGGGGUCAUAUCAGUUAGAAAGGGAAACAUCCUACUGGAUUUCUUUUCAAUAUGGUUCUUCUGAGCAAUCUCUGAUGCACUAGACCUUUUAUGUACUCUGUGGGAAGUGUAAGGACAGCCUGUUUCCUUCUAACUCUCAUAAAAUAUGGCAGGCUUUUUCUCAACACAAAAUAUCUUUUUAGAUAUUUCUUUCGAGUUUAGUUUAGUAGCUCAGUUGAGAAGUAUUACUUUUAGGGGUGCUUUCUACAUGUGGUGAUUAGAAGUAGUGCUUUGAGCGACAGUGACUUCCUUAAUUUUCCUGCUUUUCAGCAGAAAAUAUUUUAAUGAAAUAUUGUGUUUACUUGGUGUACAAGAUGAAUAUGUGUAAAUUAUGGUGGAUAGCAUUCACGUAUACAACAUGAAAUUAUUUCAUAGAUAGUAACACUCAUUGAAGAAGGGGGAUACAAUGGAUUACAGAGACCUUCACUCCUCUGCAGUUGGUUCACGUAAAGGCCAGUUGGGAGAGAGCAAAGGUCAUUAUAUCACUCAAAACUCUAACAUUUUGCUAAUUUCCACCCUCUGCAGCCUCCACAAGGAGGCUGUCACCUUGCAUUUAACUGUGCUUUUCUUCCUACAGGGAAGUGGUUGCUGUGGUGCUCCUCAGAGACUAAGUUGAGAUGUUGGUGAGGUGCAGCAAUGUGAAUGGGACGGGAAUUCAAGAAUUGUUCUUCAAGAUAAGUUGCUGCUGCUACAGCCUUCCUUCUUAGUGUGCUGUUGAAGAUCUCACUUGAAGUGUUCUUCUGAAGAAACCAACAAGGAUAGGAGUACUUUUUUCUUUUAAAAAAUGUUUAAAAUACAACAGUGUGUAACAGCUAACAGGAUACCCAAGAAAAGACCAUAUAUGUGUGAUCUCUGCUACAAACAGUUUGAAACGCCUUCCAAAUUAGCUAGGCAUUAUCUUAUACACACUGGUCAAAAGCCUUUUGAAUGUCACGUGUGUCAUAAAACUUUUAGGCAGCUAGUCCAUCUGGAGAGACACCAGCUAACCCAUAAACUGCCUUUCAAAUGUAAUGUUUGUCUUAGAAAAUUCAAGAACUUGAUCACGUUUUUAAAGCAUCAGCAGCUUCAUAAUGAAAACUACCAGAGUAAUAUUAAGCAAACAAAAAAAUCAGUGGAUACCAAGCAAGAUAGGCUGGUGUACGGGAAGUCUAGAUAUUCCAUUUGCCAAAAAUCAUUUGCAACAGAAGAGAGGUGGAUGCUACAUCAGUGCACAAAAUCAGAUCAUCUGCGUAGUGCCAGGAGGAGGAAAAAAACUCAUAUGUGUGAAACCUGUAACAAGAUGUUUCCAUCACAAUCUAAGCUAGAAAGACACUUGCUUAUUCACACUGGCCAGAAACCUUUUACGUGCUCCUUGUGUGGUAAAUCUUUCAGACAGUCAGCCCAUCUGAAAAUCCAUCAGCUCACACACACAGAAGAGAGGCCUUUUCAGUGUUGUUUUUGUCAGAAGGGGUUUAAGAUACAGAGCAAACUCCUGAAGCACAAGCAACUCCAUGCCAAAAAUAAGACUUUUUCGAGUACCCUUUAUAAAGCAAAGAGUCCUAAAUACCCCAGGCUACAGAACCUGCUGGAAAGGAAAAAGGAUAAUGUUGAGAGUGUUAAUGCUGAUGAGUCCCAGGAGACUGACCCGCUAGAUGUUUACUCCAUUUAUAUUGUACCUUUUCAGUGCCCUGUGUGUGAGCAGUGUUUUGAAACGGAGCACAUUCUAAAUUUGCACAAAUGUUUUUACCCCAAAGAUGGCAGGAAUUCAAACAGUGGCAUGGCAGCCUACAAGCACAGAACUAGCAUUAAAAGUAAAAUCCUGAUGAAGCUUAAGUGUACUGGAGAAAAGGCACUGGAUUCUUCUCUGUCUGACAGAAAAAUAAUGAAAACAAGUCACUUUAAAAGUCAUGACCUGGUUGCUGCAAGCGAACAGUGUUCUGAUCAGAAUGCUUCUAAAGCUUCUAGGAACUAUCACAGCAAGCUUGUCAUGCAUAAGACAAUUAGCAAUAAAAAGAAAAGAACAUUUACUGUGCCAUUACCCUGGCAAGAACACCUGCAAACCCACAAAUUAGGUAUUAAUUUAAAAAGUAUGCUUACUGGCGAAAGCAUGUUAAACAUGGAUGAUUCAGUGCAUAAUAAAGAUGGUUCUUUUUAUGGUUCAUCAGAUGAUGGUUUCUUUGAUAAUCCAGAAGUACUUCACUGUGCUUUUUCAGCUCCCACUGAAAAUAUCCAUAGUAGACACAAAGUGUGUAAAUGUGACAGAUGUGAAAAAAUCUUUCCUUCUUCAUCCAAGCUUCAAAGACAUUAUCUGAUUCACACGGGACAGAAGCCCUUUGCCUGUAAUGUUUGUGGGAAGACAUUUAGACAGUCAGCUCACUUAAAAAGACAUCAGCUCACCCAUACUGAAAAGAGACCAUAUAAAAGCCCUGUUUGCCAGGUGGGAUUUGAAAAUCUGAACAAACUUUUCAAUCAUCAGGGAGAUCACAUUGAAUUUAAGUCUUCUCAGCCUGUGGGUUAUUCCCAAAAACCUUCACAGGUAUCUGGCUUUCAAGAAUUUGAGCUGAUGCAGCCAAACCAAGCAGCUGAAAUCAAAGUUGAGGUAGAGUCUGGGGACUUGGUUCUUGAUACCAGCAAUAGACACACACAGCCAUAUUUGUGUAGCAAAUCAGUAGAAACAGAGGAAAGCCACUAUAGUCACUGGUAUGAUUUUUCUGGGAGUACAGAAGAAAGUGAAGCUGUUAAGAUGUUGUAUCAAUGCAGUGUCUGCUUUAAAACUUCUAAGUCACCUUCAAAACUUGAAAGACACUAUUUAAUGCAUGCUGGAUAGAAGCCAUUUGAAUGUUCAGUUUGUGGUAAAACUUUCAGACAGGCCUUGCGUUUGAAAAGGCAUCACCUUACUCACUUUAAAAAGAGAUCAUGAAGAUGCAAUGUUGACCGGCGCUCCACUGAGAGGAAUAACAACUGCCAUGGGGUAUUUUGUGUUGAAUAGAAAGGGAUGGUGUCUGGUGAAAUGAUGUUGUUAAAGUAUGAAGUGUCUAGAUUACAUAAUUAUUAAAAGUCUGAAAUUAGGUUGAAUGUUUUAUUGAAAGAGGCUACUACUUAUGGCUAUUAUCUCAUGAAAGGUUAAUUUCCUUACUUUUAGGGUGUCCAUUGAGUAUAUUCUGUGAUGAAAAUGAGCAGAUUGUAGAAGAUUCUAGUGGAUUUAAAAAUAAGUUUAUAAAUACGCAUGGCUAUUGCAUUGACCAUGUUACAGGAAAUCUGUAGUGCAGUAUAAAUCACAAGUGUUAAAGGUUGUGCCUCUUCCCGUAUCUAGACUUAGUAUUUCAUGACAAUGUGCUGUCUGACUAAACCUAACAAAAAGCAAAGGCCAAAAGGCUGUCCUCAGAGUAUAUAAAAAGGCCCCCUUUAAUUUGGUGUUACCACCUCCAUGUAUAUUGCAAAUAUAGGAUGCAUGCUGCACCUGAUUGGUGCCUUAUUUUCAUGUUCUUGUUUCUUCUACAGACAAGGUGAUGCCAGAAGAAGCAGGCAAGCGCUAGAUAAAGCAGAAGUAGAGAGGAAAUUCUAGAGAGAAAAAUGAUUUUUACAUUAGUAAUAUAAGGUUAAUGGAGAAAAAUGCUAUUUACUUUAUUUGUGAAGUGCUUUGAAAUCUGUUGAUGGACAGCAGUAUAUAAAAUCUAGGUUUCUUAUUUAUUGUUAUAUUAUUAAACAAAUAUACAUUAAAAUUGCAAA